CUCUCACCGGAACUAUGGAGCGGCGGGGCAGGAGUGGAGGAGACUGGGCUGGGACGAGUUUCAGUCUGACUGCGGCUCCGCUCUAUGUCCGCUCCUGCUCUCCGGAGACUGGUACGGGCAGCGCCGCUGAGAGGGGUGUCUGACAGGCCGCUGUGUGGCUCAGGUUUAAAGCGUAAGUGGAACAGCCUGCUGUCUGCUGUAAUGGGGAAUUCAAGCUGUCACAACGCUUUGGGGAUCCCAGCCGCGAAAGGGCCACACCAAGUGGGGUGUACGGAUUUAAUGGUGGGCCACACAGUACAGGGAACGUUCUUCAGAUUGUACUAUCCGUGCCAAACAUCUGAGGGUUUUGAGAAGCCAGACUGGGUUCCGUGCAGAGAAUACUUUAAUGGCCUUGCAGACUUCAUGAAAAUGAGCAGAUCACUGAGUGAACGAAUUUUCAACUAUCUCUUUGGGUCUUACAAAAUCCCAGCAGCAUACAAUGCACCUUUUAAACCAGGCGAAAAAUACCCAGUAGUAAUCUUUUCCCAUGGACUUGGAGCUUUCAGGACAUUGUAUUCAGCCAUAUGUGCAGAGCUGGCCUCACAGGGCUUUGUUGUUGCCGCGGUGGAACACAGAGAUGAAUCAGCAUCUGCAACAUUCUACUACAAGGAGCGGAGUGAGGCACAACCAAAACCUCCUGGAAAGCGUGAAAACUUCCGGCCUGUGUCCGACAAUCUGGAAGAGCAGUGGAUGUACUACAGGCCACUAAAAACAGGAGAGCGGGAAUUCCCUCUUAGAAACAAGCAAGUGAAACAAAGAGCAGAUGAAUGCAUCCGAGCGUUGGAUCUUCUUUUUGACAUCAAUGCAGGGAAGUCUGUGGAAAAUGUCUUGGAAUCAGAGUUUGACUUUACAACACUGGAGAAUGGUAUGGACCUAUGUAGAAUAGCAAUUAUGGGUCAUUCUUUUGGUGGAGCCACAGUGAUCGAGUGUUUGUGCAAGGAAGUCAGAUUCAAGUGUGGUGUUGCAUUGGAUACGUGGAUGUUUCCCCUCGACGAGGAAAUGUUUCCAGAUGUGAAACAGCCCUUGUUCUUCAUAAACUCUGAGAAGUUUCAGUGGGCUGGGAAUAUUAUCCGUAUGAAGAAGUUGGACUCCGCAUUCAUUCCAAGAAAAAUGAUCACAAUCAAGGGGACAGUCCAUCAGAGCUUCCCUGAUUUCACCUUUCUAACCGGUAACUGGAUUGGGAGGAUCCUUAAGCUGAAAGGAGAAAUUGAUCCUCACAUAGCAAUGGACCUUUGCAACCACGCAUCGCUGGCAUUCCUUCAACGUCACUUGUCUCUCAACAAAGAUUUCAAUCAAUGGGAUCAUCUAAUUGAGGGGAAAGACGACAACUUGAUUCCAGGCACCAAUAUCACUAUACCUCAGUCAUCAAUGUAAUCCAGCAGUAGAAAAUGUGCAGUGUGCCUCAUUUCAUCACUUUUUGCAUUAUAAGGCUACAUUCACACAGCAGGUACAAGUGGCCCAAAUCUGAUACUUAGUUUAGGCUGUCCACAAAUAUUUUAAACCCAUGUCUGACAUCUGUCUGAACGGUUUGUGCUUUGUAAGUGGUAGGCAUGCAGACAGAGCAAUGCUUCAUGUUAAGUUUUGUUUUAAUCCUUGUCAGAAACUCAAGAGCUAUAAAUAAGUUCAAGCUGCAGCCUAGAUCCUCACCAACAAUUCACUUCAGCUCGCAAAAAAGGACACAUUGUUCGGCCACGGACAGGUUUUUUUUCGCAAUCUGUAGCUCCAUUGGGCCAAUUGAUUAGGAAUACUGCAUGGCUGUGAUAAGAAGCCUUUCAAUAUUGUUAAAAGAGACGCAUCUAAAAAGAUUUAUGAAGUCUGUUAUGUCAUUGUUCCUGCCACUCAUUCAAAUUCACUCAAUUCUAUAACCCACUCCCCAAUCAACUUACAGCCACAUUCUGUUCUCCUGGUGGUCUUUUAUUCAUUUAGUUUGAUGUAAAAGUAACAUGAAUUUCAAACUAGCUGUUCAUACAGUCUCGUUGCAGCGAAUCGUAAAUGUCACUGAUUUCAAAACCACAAAUAGAAGUGGCCCAAACUGUAAUUGAAUGUCAGAUUUAAUUCUUUUUUUUUUUUUGGCUAUUUACACAGCCACCCAAAGGACACCUGGGUAACAUGACGUAAAGGAUUGGAUUUUGGCCACAUUUAUCUGAUGUGUGAUUGUAGCCUAAAUAAAGCUAAAGAUACACAACCAUGAAAUACAGCAUGAAAUACAGGUGUUUUUACCAUGCUAUAUUGGAAAUUUCUGUCAUUUAUAUAGAAGACUAAUUCUGGCUGCUGUGUUGGAUUGAAUUUCUAGGAUCGGACAAUGCAGGUCAUAUUAUAACUAAUUUAAAUUGAGAUGGGAAUUGUUUAUAUAGCAUUAUUGUCUGUAUCCCUCAAUCAGUCUAUUUUAAUCAUUAGUCAAUAUAUUACCGUCCCAAGUGCCUUGUUUUUACAGGUUAUAUUUUGCAGUACUACAUUUUUAUAUUGAGAAUCAGGUUUUUUUCCAAUCAUUGAAAUACAAAAAAAAAUGUGACAUUAAAGUUUAUUGCUAAAUGAGGGGAAAACAAUUUGGAGGCCUCCUGUGCACUAACAAUUACCUCAGUACCACCCACUUGAUCAGUUUUGUUUCUUUUUAGACAAUAAGCAUGUACAUUUGUUGGAAAUAAACUUAAGGUAUGUGUCAGAUUUAUUUGCUAGGUGAUGCAUUAUGAACUCAUUAUGCAUUCCUUAUGCAAUAUGAUAAUUUUUAAUGAUCUGUAAAACUGUCAGUGAAAUUGAGUAUACACUACAAUCUGCCUUAUUUUUCUUUCUUUCAGGAUGAAUGGUUUAGGCUGUAUAUUAAUGUAUGUUGCAAUAAAAAUGACAAACACUU